UGCUAAUCUGCUUGCUGUUCCUGCCCACUGACUCCUCACUUGCCUAUACGCGGAUCCCUGAUUUGCUCGUUGCAGUCUUUUGAAAACUUGAAACAGGCAAACGUAUCGAGCAGAAAUGGAUAUGCUAAAUGUGCUACCGUCCAAUUUUGGAUAUGCCAUAUUUACAUACCUCUACAGCUGGAUCAUGCUGGGGUAUUUAGCAGUCAAGGUUGGGGGUGCGAGGAAGAAAUUCGAUGUUAAGUAUCCCACUAUGUACAGUGACACGCAUCAGGUUUUCAACUGCAUCCAGAGAGCCCAUCAGAACACCCUGGAGGUGUAUGCUCAGUGGCUGGUUUUCCAGACCAUUGCAGCCCUUGUGUAUCCGUUGUCAGCGGCUGUUCUGGGGGCUAUCUGGGUGACCAGCAGGUUCUCCUAUGCCUGGGGCUACUACACAGGAGAUCCAUCCAAGAGGAUGUACGGAGCCUACGGCUACAUUGGAUACUUUGGCGUCAUCUUCCUGUCCAUAUCUGUAGCCCUGCAGUUGCUUGGAGUCUAUUAAGACAAUUGUCAUCUUGUUUACUCAUUUGUACUGACUUGCAUGACACUUCCAAUGUAUCAACUAUAAACAGCAGUACAAUUCAUAAUAAUUUCAAAUUGUAAUGCGUUAGAUAUUUUGUAUGGACCACUAGCUUGAUGCUAUCUUUGUAAUGCAAUUAUGUUUUUCAAUGUCUACUCCAUGUGACCAUCAACAAUAAAGUAGAUUCUGAUCCAAACAGACC